GCGAUAUAAAUAAAAUAAACCCCUACGCCCAACUAAACAACCAGACUACCAACUCCUGAUCUCAACAUAUACAAUCCAACCAACCAACCAACCAACCAGCCCACAAUGUCCCCCCUCCGCUUCGCAGAUGUCGCCGUAACCUACACAGCGCCCCAAUUCCACGGCAUCUACCGAGGAAAACAAUACCACGCGCCCGACUUCAGCGAAGUAAUCACCCGAGCCAAGACCCACAACUGCGAGAAAAUGAUGCUCACGAGUAUGAAUCUCGAGGGAUUCCACACGAACCUGUCUCUGGUGCGGGAGUUUCCUGAGAUUUGUUCGUUGACCUUGGGUGUGCAUCCUUAUCAUGUCAAAGAGAUAUAUUCCCCCGAUGGAGAGGGAGAUGGGAAGGAGUAUCUGGCGCAGUUGAGAGAAGUAGGUCAAAGGGUAUUACAGGAGGGUGAUGGUGGAUCUCCGCUGGUGGCAUUCGGGGAGAUUGGAUUGGAUUAUGAGUAUCUUGAGCGCGCGGACAAGGAGAUACAGAUUAGGGCGUUUAGAGAGCAAUUGGAGAUUGCGGUAGAGAUGCAAUUGCCUCUGUUUUUGCAUGUUAGGGAAUCCUGUGCGGAUUUUGUGGAGAUUGUUUCGGAGUAUUUACCCCGGUUGCCGAAGAAGGGGUUGGUGCAUUCUUUCACCGGGAGUAGGGAGGAGAUGAUCCAGCUUGUGGGAAUGGGAUUGGAUAUUAGUGUAAACGGGGUGAGUUUUCGGACAGAUGCAGGGCUGGAUAUGGUCAGGGCGAUUCCAUUGGAGAGGUUACAGUUGGAGACGGAUGCGCCGUGGUGUGAGGUUCUGGGUGGGGAUGAAAGGAUUUCGGGGUAUUUGAGGGGUGCGAGGGAGUUGCCGGGAGUGAGGAAGCAUAAUAAGUUUAUUUUGGGACAGAUGAUCAAGGGGAGGAAUGAGAGUUGUUACAUGGAGAGGGUGGCAUUGGUGGUUGCGGGGGUGAAGGGGGUAGAGGUGGAGGUUGUUGCUAGGGCUGCUUGGGAGAAUAGUGUGAAGAUGUUUGGGUUGGGGGUUAAAGAGUAGUGUGUUGUAUAGUUGGAGGGGGGUUGUUAUAUGUGGGAUUUUGGUGUUGAGGGGGGAGGUGUAUAUAUCAGGUUGGUGGUUGAUCUUGGGAUAUGUGGAGGUGUAUGUCUUGUGCAAUUUAUAUGCGAUAGACUAGAGGUAGGACUAAAC